UCCGCUUUAUCCCAUUCACAAGCAACACCCAAUGGAAGUAAUACUAUUCUAAAUCUCUCUCUCUCUCUCUCUCUCUCUCUCCCUCUCUCUCUCUCUCUCUCUCUCUCUCCCUCCCUCCCUCCCCUCAAAGUACUGAUCUUGAUCAUCGCCAAAAAUGGUGCUCUCAAAGACAGCUUCGCAAAGCGAUGUCUCAGUCCACUCUACUUUCGCCUCUCGCUACGUCCGAACCUCCCUUCCCAGGUUUAAAAUGCCGGAGAACUCGAUCCCAAAGGAGGCAGCGUUCCAGAUCAUAAACGACGAGCUGAUGCUGGACGGGAAUCCGAGGCUAAACCUGGCGUCGUUUGUGACGACGUGGAUGGAGCCGGAGUGUGACAAACUCAUCAUGGCCUCCAUCAACAAGAACUACGUAGACAUGGACGAGUACCCUGUUACCACUGAGCUCCAGAAUCGGUGCGUGAAUAUAAUAGCACAUUUGUUCAAUGCGCCUCUUGGGGAGUCGGAGGCGGCCGUGGGCGUCGGGACGGUGGGGUCAUCGGAGGCCAUAAUGUUGGCUGGCUUGGCUUUCAAGAGGAAUUGGCAGAACAAACGCAAGGCUGAAGGCAAGCCAUAUGACAAACCCAACAUUGUCACCGGAGCCAAUGUCCAGGUAUGCUGGGAGAAAUUUGCAAGGUACUUUGAGGUAGAGUUGAAGGAGGUGAAGUUAAGGGAAGGAUAUUAUGUGAUGGACCCUGUGAAAGCAGUGGAGUUGGUUGAUGAGAACACUAUCUGUGUUGCUGCUAUUUUGGGUUCCACUCUCAAUGGAGAAUUUGAAGAUGUUAAGCAACUAAACGAUCUCCUCAUUGAGAAGAACAAAGAAACUGGAUGGGAUACUCCUAUUCAUGUGGAUGCAGCAAGUGGUGGGUUCAUUGCACCAUUUUUGUACCCAGAACUGGAGUGGGAUUUCCGGCUGCCGCUGGUGAAGAGCAUCAACGUUAGUGGCCACAAGUACGGCCUCGUCUACGCCGGAAUCGGGUGGGUCAUUUGGAGAAGCAAAGAAGACUUGCCUGAGGAGCUCAUCUUCCAUAUCAACUACCUUGGGGCGGAUCAGCCCACUUUCACCCUCAACUUCUCUAAAGGUUCUAGCCAAGUUAUUGCUCAAUACUACCAACUGAUUCGCUUGGGUUAUGAGGGAUAUAGGAAUGUGAUGGAAAAUUGUAGGGAAAACAUGAUAGUACUUAAAGAGGGAUUGGAGAAUACAGGUCGCUUCAACAUUGUCUCAAAGGACGAUGGGGUGCCAUUGGUGGCCUUCUCACUCAAGAACAACCACAGCCACAACGAGUUUGAGGUCUCCGACAUGCUGCGGCGCUACGGGUGGAUCGUCCCCGCCUACACCAUGCCGGCAGACGCGCAGCACAUCACGGUGCUCCGCGUCGUGAUCCGCGAGGACUUCUCGCGAACCCUAGCCGAGCGCCUUGUGAAUGACAUUCAGAAAGUUUUGCAUGAGCUUGACGCACUUCCCUCCAAGUUCACCGCUAACAUUUCGGUUUCUGGUGACCACAAGGAGGUUGAGAAGAAUGGGACUUUGGUGGCCAAGAAGACUGACUUGGAGACUCAAAGGGAGAUCACCACAAUUUGGAGGAAGUUUGUGUUGGAGAGGAAGAAGACCAGUGGUGUUUGUUAAAGAGUGCCUUGUGAUAAUAAUGACUGGUUAUUUAAUUAUGACAAUAUCAUAUGGCAGUGAAUCUAUUUUGUUUCAGAAACCUCUACCAUAUACAAUUUUUAGAUGCUACUAAUUUAUCUGUAUCUUCUAAAUUGAGAAUGAUUAUCGUUAAUGUAUUUUUGUUGGUGUGA